AUGGGAUUUGUGCGCACUGUCGGCGGUGCUUUUGGAGAGGACCAUAACCAGGUGACAGCACUACCUUUGCCAAAUUCUCGGAGCUAUAGGCAAGUUGUGGGCUCAGCAAAGGGCACGGAACCAUCGAAUCGUGUGCCUGUCCUAUUCUCCACAAAUCGUGGGCUGUAUCUAAGACAGGCUCAGCCCCAGGUAGAAGCGGAGCCAAUGACGGACUACACACUAGAUCCAACAGAAUCGCGUGCGAAGGGCUAUGACAUCAGUUUCUGUGAUUUAGAGCGUUGGAGCACGAAUCGAGCAAAUGUCAUUAGUUUGGAGGACACCUUUAACAUUGUAGAGCGCUAUCCAACGCCACAGGCCGGUGGUUGUAGUGGAACCAUCAGUGGUCAGCCCCGUGGCUAUGUAACAACCGGUUAUAGAAGCAGUAAUUACAGUCAUUUCUGA